AUGGAUAAUAUUCAGAAAGAGCACGAGAAAGUGUGGAAUAACAGCAGGCUGUCAAGGACGACUGGCCAUGUUGACGACAUCAUCAAAGCCCUUCAGAGGGCGAGGAACACCAUAGCCGAAGACCCUACAUCGAGACAGAUUACUCUGGCAAAACUACAGAAUCCAGUCAAGACAUCGUUCGACGGCAUCUUCUCGGGGUUGAAGGACACACAUGGACUACACAACAAAUAUACGAGAGCGCUGGACAAGGCCUUCAAGGACAAGGUGCCGAGCAGUGAGGUUGACGCUCUGUCCUCACACCCAGCUUUGAUCAACCGAGCAAUUUACCUGCACUUGCUCCGAGAAGGGCUGUUCGAUGUGGCGUCGGCCCUUCAUUCUGAGGCGCUUGAGAGGCAGCAGGCUCAACAAGAGAUAGCGGCCCAUUUAGGACAGGAUGUAUCAAUGGAUCACCCCUUGGGCCUGGACAAGGAAUCGGAAGAGAGCAUGCAGGAGCAGUUUUUGAACAUGUACCACAUCUUGAGUGAACUCAAGGACCACCACAAUUUACAGCCUGCCAUCGACUGGGCUAGGAGCAACGCGGCAGCGCUGGAAGCUCGUGGCAGUAAUCUGGAAUUCGAACUCUGCAGAUUACAAUUUGUCAGCCUCUUCCUGGACCGUCGAGAUGGAGACCAGUACAGUUUCGAAGCACCGAUACGUGCUCUUCAAUACGCGCAAAGAGAGUUCCAGUCUUUCCGGGGUCGAUAUCUUAUCGAGAUACAGCAGCUGAUGGGUGCUAUACCUUUUUGCUCCAAUUUGGAGGAAUCACCAUAUAGCCUCAGGUUCGAUAAUUCUACCACGUGGGAUGAAGUCGCAACCUCUUUCACACGCGAAUUCUGCUCACUCCUCGAGCUAUCCGCCGAUUCACCGUUGUACAUAGCAGCUACUGCGGGAGCAAUCGCCCUACCAAUACUGCACAAAUUGCAGACGAUCCAGAAGCAGAAACGGACAGAAUGGACAUCGGAAAAUGAACUUCCUGUGGAAACACCUCUACCCCCUUCCUACCAAUUCCAUUCGAUCUUCGUGUGUCCGGUAUCAAAGGAACAGACCACAGAUCAGAACCCUCCGAUGAUGCUGCCUUGUUGCCACGUCAUUGCUCAAGAAUCGUUGCAAAGGAUCAGCAAAGGUGCCAAAUUCAAAUGUCCUUAUUGUCCGGUUGAGAGCCACCCGAAAGAGGCAAAGAUAGUCAUUUUGUGA